UUUUGUUUUUUUCUGUCUCUCCCUGCGAAGCUCCGGAUCCGUGUUACCGAGCGGAGAGGACCGCGGCUGAAUUAUAAAGUCUUCGGGAAAUAAGAGGCAAAUUAUGCCAGCAGCAUCGGCAUCGCUCGCCCUGGUGACGUGCCAGCUCGCCGGUCAGACUCCUCCGUCCUCCUCUCGUCUCCCCGUCUGCCCGGGCAGAUCCAUGCUGCUGGAUGCUCCUCACAGAGCCACGCCCGCACCAUGAGCGCCAACGGGCCUGCCCCAGACCCCGCCUCCGCCGCCGCUCCCGAAGCGCCCCCCGCCACAGCCCCGGCCCCGGCCCCCGCUCCGGCCCCGGCCCCAGCGCCGGCCCCCGCGGCGGCGGCGCCCGCCCCCGCCCCCGCCGCCCCGCCUGCCCCGGCGACCACCACCACCAUCCCGGCAGGUGCGUUGGCACAGAAGAAGCGGCAGCAGUAUGCCAAAAGCAAGAAGCAGGGCAGCAACGCCAACAGCAGGCCGCCCAGGGCUCUGUUCUGCCUCAACCUCAACAACCCCAUACGCAGGGCCUGCAUCAGCCUGGUGGAGUGGAAGCCAUUUGAUAUCUUUAUAUUAAUUGCUAUUUUUGCCAACUGUAUGGCCUUAGCUGUCUACGUCCCCUUCCCCGAAGAUGAUUCCAACUCUACAAACCACGACCUGGAAACCGUUGAGUAUGCCUUCCUCAUCAUUUUCACAAUCGAGACCUUUCUGAAGAUCAUUGCAUAUGGUUUGGUGAUGCACCAGAACGCAUAUGUGAGAAACGGCUGGAACAUGCUGGAUUUCGUCAUUGUUGUGAUUGGACUCUUCAGUGUUGUUUUGGAGCUUUUGACCAAAGAUGAGAAGGGAGAUGGCGGCGACGGACACAGUAGCCAUCCGUCGAUGCACGGGCAUGGGGGGAAACCUGGUGGAUUUGAUGUUAAAGCCCUUCGAGCCUUCCGUGUGCUGCGACCCCUGCGGCUGGUCUCAGGAGUACCCAGUUUACAGGUGGUGUUGAACUCCAUCAUUAAAGCCAUGGUCCCUCUCCUGCACAUCGCCCUCCUGGUCCUGUUUGUCAUCAUCAUCUAUGCUAUUAUCGGCCUGGAGCUUUUCAUCGGUAAAAUGCACGCGACCUGCUAUCUACCUGGAGCAGACAUGAUAGCAGAGGAGGAACCGGCUCCGUGUGCGAUCUCAGGGCAUGGCCGCCAGUGCCCCAACGGCACAGAUUGCAGGGAAGGCUGGCAAGGUCCCAACGGUGGCAUCACCAACUUUGACAACUUUCUGUUUGCCAUGCUGACAGUGUUUCAGUGCAUCACCAUGGAGGGCUGGACGGACGUGCUGUACUGGAUGAACGAUGCUAUGGGCUUUGAGCUUCCAUGGGUGUACUUUGUCAGUCUUGUGAUCUUCGGCUCCUUUUUCGUUCUUAACCUGGUUUUGGGUGUGUUGAGCGGAGAGUUCUCCAAAGAGAGAGAGAAGGCCAAAGCUCGCGGAGACUUCCAGAAGCUGCGCGAGAAGCAGCAGCUGGAGGAGGAUCUGAAGGGUUACCUGGACUGGAUCACUCAGGCCGAAGACAUCGACCCCGACAACGAGGACGAGGCGGACGAGGAGAGCAAGCGCAACCGGGUGACUCUGGCUGACCUCACCGAGAAGAAGAAAGGAAGGUUUGGGUGGUUCAGCCAGUCGUCCGACACUCAUGCGAGCGUUCCGGCCAGCGAAACGGAGUCUGUAAACACGGAGAACCAGAACGGAGAGGAUGAGAAGACGCCAUGCUGUGGACCUCUGUGUCAGAAGAUUUCAAAGUCAAAGUUCAGCCGGCGCUGGCGCCGCUGGAACAGAUUCUGCCGCAGGAAGUGCCGGUUGGCCGUCAAGUCGGUGCCUUUCUACUGGCUCGUCAUCAUCCUGGUGUUCCUCAACACGCUCACCAUAUCGUCGGAGCACUACAACCAGCCGCUGUGGCUGACGCAAGUGCAGGACGUGGCCAACAAGGUGCUCCUGGCGCUGUUCACCUGUGAGAUGCUGGUGAAGAUGUACAGUCUGGGACUGCAGGCUUACUUCGUGUCGCUGUUCAACCGCUUCGACUGCUUCGUGGUGUGCGGCGGAAUCACCGAGACCAUCCUGGUGGAGCUGGAGAUCAUGUCGCCCCUCGGCAUCUCCGUUUUCCGCUGCGUCCGCCUGCUGAGGAUCUUCAAGGUCACACGACACUGGCAGUCGCUGAGUAACCUGGUGGCGUCUCUUCUGAACUCCAUGAAAUCCAUCGCUUCCCUGCUGCUGCUGCUCUUCCUCUUCAUCAUCAUCUUCUCCCUGCUGGGCAUGCAAGUGUUUGGCGGGAAGUUCAACUUCGAUGAAACGCAGACCAAGAGGAGCACCUUCGACAACUUUCCCCAGGCCCUCCUCACCGUGUUCCAGAUCCUGACUGGAGAAGACUGGAACGCUGUCAUGUACGAUGGGAUCAUGGCCUACGGAGGCCCGUCCUCCUCCGGGAUGAUCGUCUGCUUUUACUUCAUCAUCCUCUUCAUCUGUGGAAACUACAUCCUCCUGAAUGUCUUCUUGGCUAUCGCAGUGGACAACUUGGCCGAUGCAGAGUCUCUCAACACAGACGAAGGAGACAAGAAAGGGGACAAAAAGGAGGAUGACAAAGAUGAGAAGGACGAGGAGGAGGACAACGACGACACCGCGGGGGAGGAGGAGGAUCCGGAGGUUCCUUCAGGGCCUCGUCCGGUCAUCUCCGACCUGGUAAAGAAGGAGAAGAUCACGCCGAUCCCGGAGGGAAGUGCCUUCUUCAUCUUCAGCAACACAAACCCGGUCCGCGUGUUCUGCCACAAACUCAUCAAUCAUCACAUCUUCACCAACCUCAUCCUGGUCUUCAUCAUGCUCAGCUCCGUCUCGCUCGCCGCUGAGGAUCCCAUCCGGAACUUCUCCGCUCGCAACAUUAUACUUGGUUACUUUGACUAUGCUUUCACGGCUAUCUUUACUGUUGAGAUCGUUUUGAAGGUCCUAGGCUAUGCAGAUUAUGUCUUCACUAGUAUGUUUACAUUUGAGAUCAUAUUGAAGAUGACGACAUAUGGAGCUUUUCUCCAUAAAGGGGCUUUCUGUCGAAAUUACUUCAAUCUGCUGGACCUGCUGGUGGUGGGAGUCUCUCUUGUUUCUUUCGGCAUUCAGUCCUCAGCCAUCUCUGUGGUGAAGAUUCUUCGGGUCCUUCGAGUUCUCCGGCCCCUGAGGGCCAUCAACAGGGCUAAAGGCCUGAAGCACGUGGUGCAGUGUGUGUUUGUGGCCAUCAGAACUAUUGGAAACAUCAUGAUCGUCACCACUUUGCUCCAGUUCAUGUUUGCCUGUAUCGGAGUGCAGCUCUUCAAGGGGAAAUUUUAUCGCUGCUCAGAUGAGGCUAAAUCCAGCCCAGAAGAGUGCAAAGGCACCUACAUACUGUAUAAGGACGGAGACGUGAACCAGCCCACCCUCCACAAACGCCUCUGGCACAACAGCGACUUCAACUUUGACAACGUCCUCAUGGCCAUGAUGGCUCUCUUCACCGUCUCCACCUUUGAAGGCUGGCCUGCGUUGCUGUACAAGGCCAUCGACUCCAACCGGGAGAACCUGGGACCCAUCUACAACUACCGCGUGGAGAUCUCCAUCUUCUUCAUCAUCUACAUCAUCAUCAUCGCCUUCUUCAUGAUGAACAUCUUCGUGGGUUUUGUGAUCGUCACGUUUCAGGAGCAGGGAGAGAAAGAGUACAAGAACUGUGAGCUGGACAAGAACCAGCGUCAGUGUGUGGAGUACGCUCUCAAGGCGCGUCCGCUGAGAAGAUACAUCCCCAAGAACCCGUACCAGUACAAGUUCUGGUACGUGGUGAACUCCACGGGCUUCGAGUACAUCAUGUUCGUGCUCAUCAUGCUCAACACGCUCUGCCUGGCCGUGCAGCACUACGGCCAGUCGGCACUCUUCAACUAUGUGAUGGACAUUCUCAACAUGGUCUUCACCGCGGUGUUCACUGUGGAAAUGGUUCUCAAGCUCAUCGCUUUCAAACCCAGGCAUUAUUUCGCUGAUGCUUGGAACACAUUUGAUGCCUUAAUUGUUGUUGGUAGCGUCGUCGAUAUUGCGAUCACUGAAGUGAACAAACUUGUAGAGCCAACGGAGACUCCUCAGGUGGAUGAGAUGGGGAACACCGAGGACAGCGCUCGCAUCUCCAUCACCUUCUUUCGUCUGUUUCGAGUCAUGCGGCUGGUGAAGCUGCUCAGCAGAGGGGAGGGCAUUCGCACCCUGCUGUGGACUUUUAUCAAAUCCUUCCAGGCUCUGCCAUAUGUUGCUCUGCUGAUAGCCAUGCUGUUCUUCAUCUACGCCGUCAUUGGCAUGCAGGUGUUUGGAAAGAUUGCCAUGGUGGACGGCACCCACAUCAACAGGAACAACAACUUCCAGACCUUUCCGCAGGCUGUGCUGCUCCUCUUCAGAUGUGCCACUGGCGAGGCGUGGCAGGAGAUCAUGUUGGCGUGUAUGCCGGGGAAACUGUGCGACCCGGAGUCCGACUACAACCCCGGAGAGGAGAUGACGUGCGGCAGCGGAUUCGCAAUCGUUUACUUCAUCACCUUCUACAUGCUCUGUGCUUUCCUGAUUAUCAACCUGUUUGUGGCUGUCAUCAUGGACAACUUCGAUUAUCUGACCCGUGAUUGGUCCAUUCUCGGGCCUCACCACCUCGACGAAUUCAAGAGGAUUUGGUCAGAAUAUGACCCCGAAGCAAAAGGCAGAAUCAAGCACCUGGAUGUUGUCACCCUUCUCCGGCGUAUUCAGCCUCCUCUUGGUUUCGGCAAACUGUGUCCUCACAGAGUGGCUUGCAAGAGGCUCGUGGCCAUGAACAUGCCUCUGAACAGCGACGGUACGGUCAUGUUCAACGCCACCUUGUUUGCGCUGGUGCGAACAGCCCUGAAGAUUAAAACAGAAGGUAAUCUAGAACAAGCCAACGAGGAGCUGAGAGCUGUCAUCAAGAAGAUCUGGAAGAGGACCAGCAUGAAGCUGCUGGAUCAAGUGGUGCCUCCUGCUGGUGAUGAUGAGGUAACCGUGGGGAAGUUCUAUGCCACCUUCCUGAUACAGGACUACUUUAGGAAAUUCAAGAAACGUAAAGAGGAAGGCCUGGUGGGAGCACACCCCUCCCAGAACAACACAGCCAUCGCUCUACAGGCUGGCCUUCGCACGCUGCAUGAUAUUGGGCCCGAAAUUCGCCGAGCGAUAUCAUGCGAUCUGCAGGAUGAUGAGCUAGUAGACUUUAUUCCAGAAGAAGACGAGGAAAUUUAUAGGCGUAACGGCGGACUCUUCGGGAACCACCUCAUGAACGGCGGCCACCGGCGGUCCAACGGCCACCAGACCAACGCCACCCAGCGGCCCCUGCAGGUGCAGCCGCCGCCGCACUACGCCCACAUGGAGCAGCCGGUGGGACGCUUGUCCCGAGCCAACGCCAUGUCCCACCCUAACCACCACCACCACCACCACCACCACCAUCACCACCGCCACCACAACUCCUACGGCAAGUCCCCCAAGUCCACCAACAUCAACCUCAACAACGCCAACGUGUCCAGCCUGCCCAACGGAGGACACCACCGCUACUACGAGCACGCCCCUCCCAACGGAUACCCGGGUCUGCGCAGCCCCUAUUACGACUACGACAAGCCGCGGACGCCCCAGGGUCAAAGAAGGCGCUACUAUGAGACCUAUGUUAGGUCCCACAGAGGGGACGGCCGCCACCCAACCAUCCGCAGGGAGGAGGAGUUCGAUGAAGACCGCUUCUCUGGGGAGUAUUUCAGCGGAGAGGAGUUCUAUGAAGAUGACAGUAUGCUGUCAGGGGACAGGUAUCAGAACAGUGACACAGAGUAUGAGACCCCCAAAGGCUACCACCACCCUGACAGCUACUACGACGAUGACGAGCAGCCUUUGUACCGCGACUCACGAAGGUCACCAAAGAGAAGGCUGCUUCCUGCCACACCUCAAGGCCACAGAAGGCCGUCCUUCAACUUUGAGUGUCUGCGCAGACAAAGUAGCCAGGACGAGCUUCCACAUCAGCGUACUGCUCUUCCACUGCACCUUAUGCAGCACCAGGUCAUGGCUGUAGCAGGUCUGGACUCCAGCAGAGCCCACCGCCUCUCCCCGACCCGCUCCACCCGCUCCUGGGCCACGCCCCCCGCCACCCCGGCCAGUAAGGACCAGUCGCCGUACUACACCCCGCUGAUCCGCGUGGACCACCCGCACCGGGAGAGCAUCGGCGGCAGCCAGGUGUCCGUGCGGAAGAGCUCGUGGUACACGGACGACCCCGAGUUCUCCCAGAGGACGUACUCGCCCGUCCACCUGCAGGUGCCGCCCGAGUACCACAGCCAGUACCACCAGAAGAGAGGCAGCGCCACCAGCCUGGUGGAAGCGGUUUUGAUAUCUGAAGGGCUUGGGAGAUACGCCAAGGAUCCCAAGUUCGUCGCCGCGACGAAGCACGAGAUAGCCGACGCGUGCGAGAUGACGAUAGACGAGAUGGAGAGCGCCGCCAGCCACCUGCUGAACGGGGGAAUGGCGCCGAGCAUCAACGGAGUCAGCGUGUUUCCCAUCCUCGCCCCGAGGGACUACGAGAUGCAGGACGCCGGCGCCAGCUACAGCGACGAGGAGCCCGAGACGGAACCCAGGGUUCCCUACGAGGAGGACCUGGCAGACGAGAUGAUCUGCAUCACGACUUUAUAGCAGUGGCUGCAGAAAUCCGCAAAACAGAACUCCGAUAGACUACAUCGAAGAAAAUUAUUUAAAAAAAAAAAAACAAAAGAAA